AUACAAGCUCCAAACCUAAAGAACAAAAACACACAUUUCCAAGUAUGAGUCUACAACGACUAAACAUGUCAAUGGUCCCAUUUCUAAUGCUUAUUCUUCUUGCUGGUAACUUUCCUUUCAUAGCAAAAGGAUCACUAUUACCAUUCUUAGAUUCCCCCAACACUCUCUUAUCCGAUCUCUGGUCUGAUCGUUUCCCAGAUCCAUUUCGCGUCUUAGAACAAAUCCCCUAUGGAGUUGAGAAUCACGAACCAUCAAUGACACUGUCACAUGCUAGAGUAGACUGGAAGGAAACUCCGGAGGGACAUGUUAUAAUGCUGGACGUGCCUGGGUUGAAAAAAGAUGAUAUAAAGAUAGAAGUGGAAGAGAAUAGGGUGCUGAGAGUGAGUGGUGAAAGGAAGAAAGAAGAAGAGAAAAAAGGAGAUCACUGGCACAGAGUUGAAAGAUCUUAUGGAAAGUUUUGGAGGCAGUUUAGAUUGCCUGAAAAUGUUGAUUUGGAUUCUGUUAAGGCUAAGAUGGAAAAUGGUGUUCUUACUUUAACACUUAAUAAGUUGUCACAUGAUAAGAUCAAAGGCCCUAGAAUGGUUAGUAUUGUUGGAGAAGAGGAUGAGAAACCAUCUAAGAUCAUCAAUGAUGAGUUGAAAUAAUCUUGUGAUUGUGAUCAUUGCAGGAUCAUUGCAGUCCUUGAGUAGUAAAAAGAAAAAUUAAGCUUUUAAGUUAUGUGUUUGAUUGUGAAUAA